AUGGAAAGCGGCGAGCCUGCGUCCGGGGGGAUGCGCCGCUUGGAGGCGUCAGAGGCUCCAGUCCCCUCAGCUUCGGGAACAGGGCCCGCGCCGAAUUCCUGUUCCUCAUUUUCUUCAUCCUUCUCGUCGUCUUCUCUAGCUGCUUCAUCUGGGGCAACGGCAGGAAACAAGAAGAGGCCCAGGGGAGGAACGGGGGCAGGGAAGACAACUGGCGGGGGAGGGGACAUAGGAAUUGCUGAGGCUGUGCGUUUGAUGCAGAGUGGCAAGCUCGCCAAAUUGGAGCCUUCGGAGGAGAAGGUGAAGGAGGAUUAUGAACAGUAUCGCAACGACGUCACUCGGCGAGCCCUGAAGAUCCUCACGGAUGAUCUGCCUCGAAGAAUUGCGCAGUUUCUGCGUCUCGUCGAUGUCAAUGCGGAACCCGGGACGCUGCUCGUUUGCGAUGAUUUGCCACCGCCUCCUUCUCUGGGACCUCUCCUCUCCGCUGCGGAGCUCGAGAGUUUCUCCCCAAAGCCGGUUGAGUCGGAUGAGGCGCGCAACACAGCCUCCACCUCGUCGCGUUCCGCGCAGCCCUCCUUCCCGUGGUCCUUCGCAGUGGAUCCUGUGGUGUCUCUGACGGCGGCGGACUCUGCGCGCCUGCAGAAAAUGCUCCAAGAGAAAGUGAAGGCUGCAUUUUGCGGCGACCGAGCCUCGGCGGCGCAGGAGACGGCCUCGCGUCUUCCCAAGUCGGCAAGCCAGGCCGAGGAACGGGAGGGGGACGAACCGCCGGCAGGCAGAGACCAAGCGGAGGGGACCCAACAGCCGGAUGCUCCGUCUGUUGCGGACAGGGGUUCGAGACAGGAAGCGAUUUGCGCGCGUUUGGGGCAGCAGGCGAAGUUUGUGAAGGAGGAAGCGGUGGCGAUGCGCGAACUGUUGAACGCGGUGAAGAUUUUUAUGCAGUUGCAUGUGCCGCGAAUCGAGGACGGGAACAACUUUGGCGUGGCGAUUCAGGAGGAGGCGAUCCACUUGCUGAAUCGCGUGGAGGAGAGCGCGUUCAACUUGUACGACACGGUGAUGAAGUACUACUUGGCGCGGGCGAAGCUUUGCAGCAAGUUGGUAAAGUACCCCAACACGUUGGACUACCAGAUGGCCGUCGUCGAGCUCGAUCGCAAGGAGUGGGUCCACCUGAAGAUCACAAACCUCGACCUGCGAAACAACUACAUCAUGCUCUACGACUUGAUCUGCAAAAACUGGCAGAAUGUGAUCGCGCCCAAGGGCCGAAACCACAGCACUAGCCAGCAAGCGCUGUACUAG